UUAUCCUUAUCUCGCCCCGACCACACACUACCAGAAACCUAGAAGAAUCCUAGUUCGCUGGAUCCGCCGCCGGACGCACCCUACCACCCCCAGCCGUCGUGCUCCGGGCUGCCGGACGACGCCCUCCCGCCAGACCACGAACCUCUCCUCUCACGCAACCAACGAGCGGCCUCUCCUCGUUCCCAAAUCAGCCGUCUCCCCUUGUUCCCACCUACUCAGAUUCGUCGCCCAUCUUCCUACUCAGAUUCGCCCAGGUGGGCGAGACUGUGGCAACGGAGGAGGACGACGCCGUACGAAUCGACGACGAGGCCAAACUCUAGGUCUGGAACACGUGCUAGUUCACAGCUCAGUAAGUCUCAGAUGCGAGCCAACCAAGGGACGCACACAGGUCUGGUGCAAGCUUCGGCGACCGUCGCAGCCUCCGACCUGGCUUCGAUAUGUUGACCUCACAAGGCGCCGAGGUGAGGCAACCUGAGGCGACAAGUGAGAGAUCCAGCGCGGAGUUCUGCGUACAUCUCCGCCAGCGACCUCGUCCCCCUUCAGGGCUGAAAUGUUUAAAGCAUAUGUUGCAGGUUAUUGCUAUAAAGCAACUCAAUAGGGAUGGUAACCAAGGAAACAAAGAAUUUUUGGUGGUGGUUCUGAUGGAAAAGGCACUGGAGCAGCUUAAAAUUAUUGAUGGAAAGGGCACUGGUUUGUUCAACCGAACACAUCUGUCAGGGCCCGAGGAGAAGAGCACAAUCACGGAGAUAUGGGCGUAGGUGCCUUGCCGGUGUACUUGGCCGGGAGCUGACAGCCGAGUACGAAAUCGCCGCCCCCAGCAGAAGAGAUGGUCGGGUGCCCCCAGCUGACGAGAUCUCCGCCCACCCCCCGAGCAGAAGAGAAGGGCGUCAAUCUGGGGAAGAACGGUAGAAGUUGAAAUUCAGACAGAACGAUAGAAGUUGAAAUUCAAACAUAACAAUCAGGGUACACAUGUACUUUCGCUGUAUUUCAGGGGUUGUUGGAAUUUUCUCCAACGUCUUAUACUUUGUAAUGGAGCGAGUAUGUGUGAGACUAAUGCACUAUUAUCGGCUGUGUUUUAUGUUCA